AUGGCUCAAGCGACUUCCGUCGCGAGGCUGAACGUCACCUGCGCCGCACCAGCAAAUUCCAGCGCUGCUGCCAGGCCGCAGCGACAAGAGGCGUCGCUCGUGGCGUCAUGGAGGAAGGCGCGCGUCGCCAGACCGGUGGUGCUCAGUGCCAGCGCGCAGGUGCAGGCCGCCCCCCGCGUCUCUGCACGCUCCGUAGCGGUGAAGGCAUCAGCAGGCUCUGCCGACGAGGCGGGCGUCAAGUACCACUUCGUGGUGGCGAACGCGACGUUCAUGCUGGACGAGGAGGAGCACUUCCAGGAGCAGCUCAAGGAACGGCUACGGUGGCUGGAGGAGAAGGGCACGGAGCAGAACUUCUGGCUCGUCUUCGAGCCCAAGUUCCUCGAGGAGUUCCCCGAGAUCGCCAAGCGCGUCAAGAGACCCGCCGUCGCUCUCGUCUCCACCGACGCUACCUGGAUCACGUUCAUGAAGCUGCGUCUGGACCGCGUGCUCAAGGGCGAGUUCGAGGCCAGCUCACAGGACGACGCAUUGGAGGGCAAGCCUUUUGACAUCUCCUUCCCCAAGCCCGCCAACUGGGUCGCGCCCUACCCUAAAUACGAGCCCAACUGGUGGAAGCCCUAUGCCCCGGCCAAGUAUGCCAAGGCCAACUAG